GACCAAACAGUGAGCCACCGUUAAUAACUGGAUCCGAUGCCGGCAGUGAGUGCUGAUCAAAAGGUGGAGGAGCCGUCUCCUGAAGGUCUCAGGAGAAGCCACCUAAACAUUGGGGUUCUUGAGGAGUUUGCCCAAAAUAUGUCCGAGAACAUAAUCCAGUCAUUUAAAAGCCAAAUGGAGACGCUGGAACCUGAGGUGGACCGCCGGGCGUCCAGCUUUAAUCAGAACCAGGAGAUGUUAGCCGAAGAGUUAGCCUCAGCAGUCAUUGAGGUCGCUCUGAGGGAAGUGUUUUGCAGUCAAAACGUAGCGGAUCAUCUGGAGGGCUCCCAGAGUUCAGCUGGGGUAAAGAUGGAUGGCGGACGGGCUAAAAAUCUGCCCUUUAUGGACGAAUUUUACAGCGGAAGAUCCAUAGAGAUGAAUCCAGGCAAAGAAAUCCAGACCUCCAAAGACACCCAGCACUGUCACCCAUCUCUGUCCCAGCCGGGGCUCCCUAUCUUGGGAUCCCUCGACUACCCCGAUGCCCCUCCGACCACGCCUCUCCUCCCUGAGCUCGAGAGGAGCCGACACAGUUUCGCCAGGAAGCUAAAAGGAGGCCUGGCGAAUGUUUACCUGCCGUCAACUCCUCCGCCGACCCCAAAGGACGAAGAGGACAAAGAGGACGGGGCCGCCGGCGACCCCCAGUUGGAGUUAAUGGAGCACCUGAUGCGCUCGCUGUCCACGGAUGAUUUGGCAAGGGACUAUUUAGAAGUAGGAUCUCGCUGUGGAGCCAAGAUGGAGGCUUUUGCUGAGGCUCUUUCAUGCCACAUCAUUGAUUUGGCCUUAAGUGACAAUUACAGACAGCAGAUAGCCGACGAUAAAGCUCUUCAUCUACUGGCCCACCAACUGGCUGAAACCAUCAUCACCUCCUCCCUCGAUGAAGCUAAAACGCUAGUCUAGUAUCUUAUUGUGUUUAAUGGGAUCAUAUUUGUGAUGACUGGCAAGAAAAAUAAUAAUAAACCAACACGUCACCUCCAGUCGGCCUGACAUUCUCAUUAAAAUGUGGUUUUCUGUAAUAUUCUGUUACAAUGGCUGCUUUCUUUUUACAUUUAACUUCUCAAUAAAGUUUUGGUUAAAGCUCAUCCAGAUGAAGAAGAGUUUCAUCGUGAAUUAUUACUUUUUUAUUGCAAAAACUGACCAGAGAUCCAACAACAAAAAAAAAACGUGGCACUUUUAAUGAGACGUUUAUUGUGGAAACUGGAUAUUUUAGAAGCUGGAUGAGGAACCUGAGGUAAUGGUUUUAUUCCAAGAUGGACAAAAAGUACUGUGGCAGUAAAACUGUAAUGGUUUUAGAUCCAACUGAAAUAACUGAAUGUCCUGGAGAUGGUAUUUCAGGAGGAGUAUCUUGAGCGUCACGUUGACCUGAGUAAUUACAUUUGGGUAAAAAAAAGCUAUUUUGCUUUGAACAUGCCAGUUAGUUGACGCUUUGUUUAUAUAUGUGGAAUGUAGAUAACUUUGUCUUGAUUUUGCUUUAUUAAUUGAUCCCAUAUGUUUUCAAUACCGAGAAUAAA